CGCAGCCAGCCUGCUCCUCCCCCCGCUCCCCCUGCCCCCGCAGCCCACCGCACCCCGGCCGGCACCCGCCGCCUCCUGCUCCGGGGCGUGUGGCCGCGUGGGGGCUGCUGCUGCCGCGGCUGCUGCUGAGCCUGCGUCUCCUCUCUCCAGGCUGAGCCCUCCCCGGGGCCCUUGCCCACCUGGCCCGCCCCUGGCAGGAAGGAGGAUGGCGGAGAGUGAAGCCGAGACCCCCAGCACCCCCGGGGAGUUUGAGAGCAAAUACUUUGAAUACAAUGGAGUGCGGCUCCCUCCCUUCUGCCGGGGGAAGAUGGAGGAGAUCGCCAAUUUCCCGGUGAGGGGCAGUGAUGUCUGGAUUGUCACCUAUCCCAAAUCAGGCACAGGCUUGCUACAGGAAGUGGUAUAUCUAGUGAGUCAGGGAGCUGACCCUGAUGAGAUUGGAUUAAUGAAUAUAGAUGAACAGCUUCCAGUGCUAGAGUAUCCUCAGCCUGGUCUGGACAUCAUCAAGGAGCUCACAUCUCCUCGCCUCAUAAAAAGCCACCUACCAUAUCGGUUUUUGCCUUCAGACCUCCAUAAUGGCGAUUCCAAGGUAAUAUACAUGGCUCGCAACCCCAAAGACCUGGUAGUGUCCUAUUACCAGUUUCACCGCUCCCUAAGAACCAUGAGCUACAGAGGAACAUUUCAAGAAUUCUGUCGAAGGUUUAUGAAUGACAAGUUAGGAUAUGGUUCAUGGUUUGAGCAUGUGCAAGAAUUCUGGGAACAUCACACGGACUCCAAUGUUCUUUUCCUCAAGUAUGAAGAUAUGCACAAGGACCUUGCAACAAUGGUUGAGCAGUUGGUGAGAUUCUUGGGAGUUUCUUAUGACAAAGCACAGCUGGAAUCCAUGGUGGAACAUUGCCACCAACUCAUUGAUCAGUGCUGUAAUGCAGAAGCCCUUCCAGUUGGCAGGGGACGAGUUGGGCUAUGGAAAGACAUCUUCACUGUGUCAAUGAAUGAGAAAUUUGAUUUAGUUUAUAAGCAGAAGAUGGGAAAGUGUGACCUCACAUUUGACUUUUAUUUAUAAAAAAAUGCAUGCAUACAAUAUCCAAAUAUUAGCUAGAAGUGCUUUAUGCAUUCGUUUAUUACCUGCUGGACAAACUGCUGUAGUUAUUAUGUGUAACAUGACUUAAAAACAAACAAAAUCUAAGUAAACCAUAGGAAACACUAUUAUUCUUGAUCCUAAACAGCUGUUUAUCCUUCAACAUUUUAAUCUUUUGUCAACAUGCAAGAAUUUCAUAGAUAAUACAAGAAUACUCAGCUGUUAUGGAAUGUAUUAUAUAAGUAUAAGGUAUGUAUCAUAUAUGCAACUAGAAUGUACACUUUUUCAGCCCCACAUUGAUUAUUUAAUGUAUUUUAUAGAAGCUUUUCACUGGAAACCUAAAUAAAAUUCAGUAAACCAAAUAAAAAAUUAUUUCAGAAGGAAAUCAGUAAAAAGCCAAACCAAACUGUAUGCUAGAAUGAUCUCAGGGGUUAGCUGUCACAUUUAUUUUUAUAGUUGGAAUGUCAAGAACAAAACAAUCGUAUCCCAAAUUAAUAAGGAUAAAGAUGGGGGUUUCCUUUAAUUUCCACACUUCCAUUGUUUGUAUAAUUUCUGAGUGGAUACCGUUCGCUGGCAUACUUUGCAAGACAAACAUAACUGUGGUUGUCACUCCGCGCACACAUGCUCUUAUGUCUGAUAAGAAGUGGCUGUAUUCAGAGUGAAUGAAAUUCAUCCCUGUGAAGAGGACGGGCUAUCACAAGGGCCUGUUCACUCACUUAAGUCUCAGUCAAGCCCUCAGCAUAGGGUGUAAGUGAGUUGUAAGUGGUGCACAGGGGUUGUGCUGGGCCUAUGGUUAGGAGUCAGUUUCUCCCAAGGUUUCUGUGAUACGAGCUGGUCUUCCGCACAGGUCUGAGUUUCACCCAUUGAGAAUGAUCCUCUUUGGUAACGAGCGCUUUCUGCUGGAUUGUGAGCACCCUCAAGUUUCACUGAAAUCACGGAUGUUGAGGGAACUUAGUAUUUUUGGCACUUUUACAGCCGUUCAGACAUAAGCUGAAGAUGGAUGUACAUGCUGGUACAAAUACAUAAAUGAACUAGCAGGUCUUGAAGAAGAGAUUUUAAGGAUGCUCCAGCAGAUGGGAGUAUUACACAAGCGAUGGUAUUUAUGCAGAAUACAGUUGCAGUAAUUGACUGUCAGCCAUUAAUAGUCUGAUUUAUAAGCAGGAUUCGAGUUUAUUUUUUCUAAGUCUUUUUAUUUUCCUGAUUUGCCUGUGGGUAGUUACAUACUUAACCUGGUGCAGGCUACCAUAACAAUGAGAUUCUACAGAAUUAUUGUACCUUUGAUCCUUCAGUUAAUUACAUCUAUAUUUUUAGGUUCUCAGCUGCAGGAGGCCCGUUUUGCUAGCCCUAUAGUAUAUCUCACCAAAAGCUGUGAGGAAGGACUAGCAGAUUUUAGUAUUUUGCUUCUGUCGGAAAAUAACCUGUCAAUGCAGGAAUUGGCAAGUGGUGUGGCAUGAUGUGGCUUGACAGCACCUUUCCUUGUAUAUUUGUGAGUGAAACAGCUUUCAGUGAAAUUUUAUUUCUAUUUUUAUAUUUUUAGUACUGUAUGACUAUUAAGCACUACACAUUAUAGUUCUGUGCUUGCUUGCCUAUUUAAUAAAGACAUGUUCCAUGCA